CACCACUACUACUACUACCACCACUACCACCGCCGCCGCCGCGACGAUGGCGAACCAAAACCCUCUCGGUCCGCAGCCAGAUUUUAAUCUCAUUGGUGAUGACAUCAAAAAAGCACAAAAUCUACCAGGAAUCCGCGACGGUCAAGAAAUUCUAGCUGAGCUACGAGCUCUUCGUCAAGAAGGCGCAGCUACUCAACAAGCCAUUGCAGCUAUUCGUCAAGAUAGCGCAGCUACUCAACAAGCCAUCGCAGCUAUUCAACAAGAUGGCGCAGCUACUCGUCAAGAGCUCGCAGCUAUACGUCAAGACAUGGCAGCUAUGCGUCAAGACCUUCUUACUAUGAUCUCUGUAAACUCGAGUUCAGAAUACCUACGUGGCAAGCCGAACAGAACUUCUUUUGCCAUUCCGCAACCGCUCUGUUCGGAGGACUCGGAGUACCUAAUUGGGUAUAGGUAG